CUGAAGCAAAAAGCGAAAAAGAAACCAGUAAAACAAUAAAAUAUUGGUGCCUAGAGAGAGCUCAAUUUCCACCAUGUUUCAAGAUUGAAGAAGAAACCUACCAUUUUUUAUUAUUAUAAAUUUAAUAUUUUAAUCAAUUUAAUUUAUUACCAAAGAAUCAUUUAUUUGAGCGCAGCAGGACCAGACGAGUCUUACUAAUAAAUAUGCAUAUGGGUUUUCGGUUUUGUUUCGUCUUGCUUCUUUAGGAUCAUAAAUCUUUGUCAAGAUUCUCAAGCUAGCCGCGCUUUCUUAUCGUUUGUGUACUCCUUUUCGGGUUGUUCGAAAAUUGGCUCCAAUAAAUUAGUUUCGGAUGAUCCAAUGGAAGGUUUGUAGCUUCUGUUGCGACAUGGCAAGAAAUUUGAAGUAUUGAGCUUUGUGUAUGAGAUUACUCUUGUUGCUGGGUUGACCAGAAUAUCAAGUUUUACUGCCAAGCUGCCUAGAAAAGCUUUUAUGAAUAUCUGGGUACUGUUCAGCUAUGUGGUGCUAGGUCAUUUUUGGUGAAUAGGUUUAGUUCUGUUUUCCGCAAUAUGGGUCCAUCAGGAACUCCAGUCGGCAGUUCCCAAUCUGUUUCAUCUGCAGUUCUGCAAACAAACUCUGCCAUUUUGGGGUCACAACGAGGUCCAGUGGCUCCUCAAGCCACAUUUUCUUCAGUUAUUUCUCCAAGAGCUCCGUAUAAUAUGAACUUGCUUGGGAAUAAUGCCAACAUUUCCGCACUUCUCAAUCAGACUUUUGGGAAUGGUGCUAAAAACACAGGUCCAUCUGGGUUAAGUGGUUUCCACCGCGGAAAUACUGAUGCUAUGUCUGACUCUAAUUCCCUUUCUGUUGUAUCAACUGAUGUUGGCUUUAGUGCUUCGCGAUCAUCAAUUGUGGCACCAAACAUGGCAAAUUCUGGUUCAUCUGGCCAAGUUCAAAACCAGCAAAUGCCAAAUUCUUCUGGAAACAUGAUGUUUUUGGAUCAGCAGCAGUCUCAAGUUCAAAAGUUUGAGCAACAAAAUUUGCAGCACGCCCAGCAGUUGAUGCAGCAGUUCCCUGUGUCACAUGGCCAGCCACAACCACAACAGCGCCAUAUCCAAUCUAAUCGUGGAGGAUUCGCUGGCAUGAACUCUAUCAAGCUGGAGUCACAGACAAUGAAUGAUCAGAUUGGCCCACAUCAAUCGUUGCAUUCUUUUCGGAAUUCUGGCCCAGUGAAGUUAGAGCUGCAACAAAACCAGAUUGGAAAAGGCAUAGGACCUGUCAAACUGGAACCACAUCUUGACCAAGCAAUGCUUUUGCAGCAGCCGCAACACCACCAACAGCAGCAGCAGCAACAACAACAGCUGCAACAGCAACAACAACAGCAGCAGCAGCAACAAUAUCAAGAGCAGCCGUUCCCCCACCUAUCAGGGCAGUCUUCUCAACCUGCCAUUCCACAGAUAAAUCUUCUGCAACAACAGCGCGUUUUGCAAAUGCAACAACAGCAGCAGCAGCAACAGCUGUUGAAGGCUCUUCCUCAGCAACGCCCCCAACUACAACAGCAGUUUCAACAGCAUAAUUUGCCUAGUAGAUCUACCAAACCGGUUUAUGAACCGGGAAUGUGUGCUAGGCGUUUGACUCAAUAUAUGUAUCAGCAGCAGCAGAGACCUGAUGAUAACAAUAUUGAGUUCUGGCGGAAAUUUGUUGCUGAUUUUUUUGCCCCCAAUGCUAGAAAAAGAUGGUGUGUGUCAUUGUAUGGAAAUAACCGCCAAACUAAUGGUGUUUUCCCUCAGGAUACAUGGCACUGUGAAAUUUGCAACCAGAAGGCAGGUCGUGGUUUUGAGACAACUGUUGAGGUUUUGCCAAGGUUAUUGAAAGUCAAGUAUGACAGUGGCACUUUGGAAGAACUUCUCUAUGUUGAUAUGCCUCGUGAAUAUCAGAAUGCAAUGGGUCAAAUUGUACUUGACUAUGCCAAAGCAAUACAAGAAAGUGUUUUUGAGCACCUUCGUGUAGUACGUGAUGGUCAACUUCGUAUUGUUUUUUCUCCAGAUCUUAAGAUUUGCUCUUGGGAAUUUUGUGCACGGCGUCAUGAGGAGCUUAUCCCUCGAAGAUUGAUUGUACCACAGGUAAGUCAACUUGGGGCUGCGGCACAAAAGUACCAAGCUUCUGCUCAGAGUGGAGCCAAUUCAUCUACACCUGAUUUACUAAAUAACUGUAACACGUUUCUAGCUUCUGCUCGCCAGUUAGCAAAAACUUUGGAGGUGCCUUUAGUUAAUGAUUUAGGAUAUACAAAGAGAUUUGUAAGGUGUCUUCAGAUAUCAGAGGUGGUUAAUAGCAUGAAGGAUUUGAUGGACUGUAGCCAGGAGACAGGAAAGGGACCUAUGGAAGCUUUGGCCCAAUUUCCUCGGAGGAGCAGCACAGAUCCAUCAUCUGUGGUUCAUUUACCUCAACGGCCUGAGGAGCAGCAACAGGUUAUAGGACAAAAUUUGAACAAUGAUCAUCAUUCUGUACAGGCAAGUGUUGUUCGGCCUUCUACAAGCAAUGGUGCUGUGAGUGUAAACAACUCCCAUUGUUUGACAUCCACUUCUGGUUCUAACACGGCCAUUGUCGGGCUUCUUCGCCAGAAUUCCAUGAAUUCUCGAAUUGAAAACCUGAUGAAUAAUCCCACCAGUCCCUAUGCUGGGACCGCUGUUCAGAUUCCAUCUGCUGGGUCCUCAACUACCAUGCCAGCAGCUCAAACCAAUCCUCCUUCCCCUUUCUCAUGUACAACGCCAUCCUCUUCUAAUAACCCCCCUCAAAGUUCUCAAAAUGCUAUAGCAGCAUCAGCCACUACAAAUAGCAUCAGUCCAGUGAAUCCAUCAGCACAAAUCCCAGUUCAGCUGCCAUCUCAGUCAAAUGGGGUUGAUCCGAAUGAAUCCGAAAACUCUUUUGAGAAGGUUAUUCAAGAAAUAUUGAGUUCAACCCAAUUAAGCACAGCAGGUGGCACAGUUGGUUCUGCACAGAACAACAUGAGCACAGUUUGUUCUUCACAGAACAACACGAACACUGUUGGUUCUGCACAGAACAAUAUGAACACAGUUGGUUCUGCACAGAACAAUAUGAAGAACGUUAAUGGGGUGAUGCAGUUUAGUCACAAUUCAAUCAGUAACGGCAAUUGCCUAGUGGGUAAUGGUACACUUAAUACCAAUUCAGGCAUCAGUAAUGGAGGCCUUGGAAACUUGAGUGGUGGGGGGAUGGGUCUCACUGCCACUGCUUCUGGAAUAAGAGGUGCCCGUGGAAAUAACUUUGGGGUGUUGAAUGGAAAGGCAGGUAUGAUGCCUCAAGAUGCUAGCAUGAACCAUCAGCAACAGGAAAUGGCCAACCGGUUUCGUAAUGGCCUUGGAGCUGUAAAUGGCUUCAAUAAUCUCCCAUCUGAAUGGAAAUUGCCCUGAAUAUCUAUCAUGUGGUGUUGUGUUCGUAUAUUGUGUUCAUGAUGAAAGUUGAAAGCUGCAUAUAUACUAAUGGAGUUGUAGUGGUGGUGAAAAAAGGGGUUGUGCUGUGUUUAGGCUUGCUUGGUACCAUGUGAGGAGUUUGAUGGGUUUGGUCUUACAGGUACAGUGGUUUUCAUAUAGCUGCUACUAAUGGUUAUAGGAAAGGAAAUUAUAGAGCUUAGUGGGUUUCGAGUAGAAAAUUUACAUUAUGUUGUCAUUUAGUUUGCCUUGUUUCUUCCUUGUGUACUGAGAGUGUACCUUGUUUUCAAAGUUCCCUUUUUGAAGGUCUGUUACUGUGUAAUGUAUAUAGUUUCCCUAUGAAAGUUGUUCCUGCAAAACAGCUUCAAAAUGGGAACUAAUUUCCAGGCUUUUCCUCGGUGGAAUGGAACCAAAAGUUUAUAGUUAUAAUGAAAUGCUAUAUUAGUUUAUUUUCA